AUGAAAAUCCUUAUCUGUGGGUUCUCUAAAACCGGGACAAAAACACUUGACGAAGCUCUUCGCCAACUUGGGUACAGAGUUUCUGACUAUUAUCACUCCUGUUUUGUACUGGGAAAGGACUGGGAAAAGAUUUUGGAAGGAAAUGGAAAUGCAUUGGCGAACGAUUUGAAAAGAAUGUAUCAACAUUACGAUGCGACUAGCGAUCUUCCCAUGGCACUUUACUGGAGAGAGUUCCUAGAUGCAUUUCCAGAUUUGAAACUUAUAUUCAUGGAUCGAAACGAAGAGAAAUGGCUGGAAAGUUGGAAAAAUCAGAUCAAGUGUGAUAACGAAAACGGUGUCUCAUUUAUUUUGAAGGUUUUCUCGCCGACAGCGAGGCGUUACAUAACAUUUUUCGAAAAAGUAUUAAGAUAUCACGUUGAUCCGUCAAAAAAAUCAACUUGGUUGGAUUUUCUCUCCCCAAAUAAACAAUACUGGAUGGUUGACGACGAACGAAUACUGGAGGCUUUCAGGAAUCACAACCAAGAUAUUCUUCAGAAUGCACCCAAGGAUAGACUUCUCAUCUUCAAUUUGAAAGACGGAUGGCAUCCUUUAUGCAAAUUCUUGGGUCAUGAUGAACCAGCUGUGCCGUUUCCACACAGGAAUAAAAGGGGAAACAUUUCGGAACAUGUGGCUACAACGGAUCCAAAUUUCCAUUCAAUGUAUACUGAAAUGUAUAUCUCAAUAGCAGCAGUAUUUUUAGCAGUUUCAGCAGCAUUGCUGCUAUUUUUUAGGUAAAAACUAAAUAGAACAACUAAUAUUAGUACAAUUAUGGCAUUGGAGAUAGUAUAGGGAAAGGCAAAGCAAAAAUGAAUGAAGAUCACCGGUAUUCUUUUCAGACUUUGGUUUUGUGAAAAUGGAGGAGAUUUCCCAAAAAUCCGUUUGUGUUGUUCUUUCGAUAUUACAGUUUGUAUUUCAUGUAUUCUAUGUAAGCAAUUAAUACAAACUCAUUUUUAAUAUCUUUUUAGUGACCAAAAAUUGAUCAAAAAAGGAUUUUUUUUUCAAUUUCAAAAAAUCGUCUAAAGGCGAUUUCACAAAUAUGUAAUACUAACUAAGGCUGGGCAUUCCGAAUCGAAUAGUAAAUUAUUCGAAUCGGCCCAGAGCAGAAUUUUGAAUCGCCGCCAUCUUGUUUUUUUUUCAACCAUGUUCGAGGUGAAUUUCCCCAUUUUUUUAU